UAUUCCUCUUUCCCACUCAUCCAUUCUCCACUUAUUUCCAGCCUGUUUUUUCCUUGCCUUUUCUUCCCUACACCAUAUAACCCUCUGCAUAUCUUCCUUUCAUUUUUCUCUCUCAAUACAUACCAAAUGCCACUUCAAAACCAAAACAGUCUACAACCAAUAACCAACAGACGAUCAGCAUGGAUCCUUGCCAGUUUCUUAGGAUAGUGAUCAGGAACUUGGCGAUCAAGUUCUCGAGUUCGAGUUUGAAUUCAAACUCAAACUCGUGUUAUUGUAAGUUAAAAAUUAAGGGUUUUCCCGAACAGGCCGCUACGGUCCCUGUUAUCCCUCGGGAUGGUUCACAUCCCGAGGCUCAAGUACAAAACGUAUCGGCCUGUUUUAAUCUGACUAAGACAGAUUUAGAAAGCUUAAUAAAAUCAAAAUCAACAACGAAUUCAUCGAGGAAGAAUAAUAAUGGUGGUCUUAGUAGUAGUACUAGGUUAACUCUUAAGAUGGAGGUGUACACUACCAAGUCUCCAAACGGGUGCGGGUUUGGAUCAUCCGGGAAGUUAUUGGGUACUGUUUCUGUUCCGUUAGAGUUAAGUCAACAAGUUAUUGAAGGGAAAACGAGUACAGUGAUGCAAAACGGGUGGGUUUUAGUUGGGGAGAAAAAGAAAAAAGGGUUAAACCCACACCUUUAUUUAAGCGUAAAGGCUCAACCCGACCCGAGAUUUGUAUUUGAGUUUGAUGGUGAACCCGAAUGUAGUCCACAAGUUUUUCAAGUUCAAGGGAAUAUUAAACAGCCUGUUUUUACUUGCAAAUUCAGUUUCAGGCAUUCUGGUGAUUACAAUAAUUCGACAUCAAGUUCAGCAAUGUCAGAGCCAAGCACCUCUAGAAGUUGGCUAGGCACACUUAAAGCUGAUAAGGAUCAUCACCAGCAAAACCAAGUAAAAGAGCGCAAAGGGUGGUCCAUUACUGUUCAUGAUCUGUCUGGGUCCCCUGUCGCGGCUGCGUCGAUGGUAACCCCGUUCGUCCCUUCGCAAGGGUCCGACCGAGUAAGUCGGUCGAACCCUGGCGCUUGGUUGAUCCUACGCCCGGGGGAUAACACUUGGAAGCCUUGGGGCCGGCUCGAAGCAUGGCGAGAGCGGUCCGGGCAUGGGUCGGAUGGGCUCGGGCACAAGUUUGAGCUUCUACCCGAUGCUGGUCCUAUUGCAUCUGCAAUGGGACCAACCGGGAUUACCCUAGCCCAAUCUUCGAUCCCAACACGGUCAGGAGGCAAGUUCAGCAUCGACGUAACCACGGGUCCUUCACCCGCCGGAAGCCCAAACAGUAGUUUCGACUUUGGAUCAUGGACAGGGUCAGGGUCGGGAUCGUCGUCCGGGUCAGAAGUCGGGCCGGUAACGGGCUGGUGGCCGGGUUUUAUGUACAAAGGAUUUGUGAUGUCAUCAACAGUAGGAGGGGAAGGAAAGGGUAACAAACCAGUAGUGGAAGUUGGGGCCCAGCACGUUACAUGCACAGAAGAUGCAGCAGCAUUUGUGGCCUUAGCAGCAGCAAUGGAUCUAAGUAUGGACGCAUGUAGACCAUUUUCUCAGAAAUUACGGAAAGAGCUAAGACAACAGAGUGGGCAAUUUGUCGUUUGACAUUGUAAAGUUUGUCGUUUUGCAUGCAGAUGAGAUGGAUUCUGGGUGCUCUGUACUUAAUUGUUCUUUUGUUCAAUUUUUUAUGGUUAAUUUUGGAGCUUGUAGGUAACGGCUUUUCUUUAUGUAUAGUUAAAACUUUGCCACACUUUUAGCAUCCUAUGAGUGCAGGAAUUGCAAAUUGAAAUGAAAGAUUUUUGUCCAUA